AUGAACAUUAUUUCAGGCUCUGCCCAAGCAGGUACAGAUAUAAAUUAAACAUUCAUAGAGAGGCUGUCAACAAGAUCUAAACCUGCUGUGAACAUUAUCGAAAAUGCUACUGGAAAAGACAUUCUUAUUUCCUCGGAACUUGCCAUCUUACCAAACAAACUGUGUUUUAUCUGGGCUUCUACGCUUGAUAGAAAGUUACGAAAGUUUGCUCUUCCCGACAAACAUCGCUACGGACUGAAGUUUCACAUUUCUCGCAAAUGUUCUCACGUUGUGCUACUUAUUCUCCUUGCUGGCGACAUAGCAACCAACCCAGGUCCUACAGCUGGUUCACGUGAAACAGAUAAUUCAAAAACUCUCUGGUUAAAAGUACUGUAUUUAAAUGCCAGAAGUCUAAAAGCAUUUGUUCAUCCAAUUGGGGACAAAUCGGUAAAAGUUUGUAAAAUCUCGUUAUUGCAACAAUUAGCCAUUCCGAAGUUGAUGAGUGUUAAAAAGUGCCCAAAUUAAGAAAUGAACCAAAUCACUAAAAAGACCACCUCAAAAUUUGUAAGUAUACAAAGUUUGAAGACGUUUACAUGAAUGACAUGAAGACGUUUACAUGCAAUUUUUGUUUUUGGGACGCGCGUCCCAAAAACAAUCUUUUAAUCAGUAAUUUCAUAAUUUUCGAAAGCUUCUUCGAAGGGUAUUCAAGUAAACAUCUUCAAACUUUGUAUACUUACUAAUUUUGAGGUGGUCUUUUUAGUGAUUUAGUUCAUUUCUUAAUUUGGGCACUUUUUAACACUCGUCCCCAAUCCACUCAUCAACUUCGGAAUGGCUAAUUGACAUAUGGCGGUAAUUACGACGUUGUAUGUGUAUGUCAGACCUGCUUAAACAAUUUAAUCACUUAAACAGUGAGAUCUUGCCAAAUUAUGGAUCUAUCUUCCGAUGUGACAGAGCUGACAGAAUUGGUGGUGGUGUUCUUGUUGCUGUGAAGACUGGUAUACAAGUCACACGCAGACAUGAUCUAGAACCUGAUAAUACGGAACUUGUCGUUACCGAAUUAAUGAAAUCUAACAACAAACCAAUCAUACUUUACACGUUUUAUCGCCCUCCCGACUCUAAACCCGAUCUCCUUCAGCAGCUAAAUGAUUCUAUUCAAAACAACCCAGAAUCAAGUCGUAUUGUACUGGUAGGCGAUUUUAUUCUACCAUCAAUUAAAUGGUCGUCUGAUCAGAAAACCCCCAUCAACAUUGGAGGACCUGCUGAGAAUGAAAUCUUUUACGAUUUAGUAGACGACAACUUCCUUCUGCAAUACAUACUUGGCCCUACCCCUACUGCUGGUAAUAAACUCGAUCUGUUGAUGUGUAACUCUCCUGAAAUCGUCGGCGACGUCUCCGUUUUCCACCCAGAUCACUACAUCGUUUAAAAGUUUAAAAGAGCCAAGCCAAUAAAUCGCCGAGUAUUCGACUAUGGAAAAGGAAAUUUCGAUGAGCUGCGUAACUUCCUGACACGAUAUCCCAUCAAUGUUACCCCAACUGAUAGCAUUAAUGAUGACUGGGAACAAUGGAAGGACACUUUCUUAACUGCUGUGAGAAGGUACAUCCCGAUGAGAACUGUCAAAGACAAAAAUAGUCCACCAUGGAUCGAUAAACAAGUGCGUCAACUAAUCCGUAAGAAGUUCAAAGCUCUAAAACAAUACCGCAGGAACAAAUCUGCUGAUCGAAAGCGUAAAUUACGAAGCGUUACUCAACAAAUAAAAUACUUGAUUCGAAGUAAACACCGAGGCUAUCUGGCUAAAAUAGAAA